AUGGAUCAACUUCUUUCUACGGACAAUGGUUACUUGAGAGCGGAUUUUAUAGGGUCCGGCAUUGAAAUGGAAUCAGAAGGAGAUGUUGCAGUUGUACACCUAGGCGAAGACGAUCAAGGUCUAGCUUCAGGAGAGUUUGCAGCAUUCUACGAAGGAACCACUUGCAUCGGGUCAGGUGUAAUCCUGGAGGGUUUCCCGGUCUGCUCAAAGCUCCUCCGCCGGUUUAAUCCCAAUUUGUGUUGUUGUUGA